AAGAUGUUGGCUCAGCUGUCCGGGUGUGCGCGCGCCUUGCCCAAGGCGUGUGCGCCGUUCAGAUGGCGGCCUGGAAGGCCGGGCCCUGGCAGCUGGUGCCAGAGGGCCUCACCGCCAUGGGCAACCAGAGGCUCCCCACCUCGCUGAGCCCAGAGGCGCUGGCGAUGAUCGAUGAGGCCCCGGCCACCUUCGAUCGCUCUGCUUCCUUCGCCAGGCAGGUCAUCACGCAGAAGGAAGUGCAGCAGCUCUUGACGGUGACGGAUGCAGCAGAUGGCAGCUGGGACACAAUCCAUGCCGAUGAGCAGAUACACGCACAAAGGCACAGGGAUCGGAGCCUCUUUGGCGGCUGCGUCUUCGUGCGGCUUUCUGGGCACAUCGCAAAUGCCGACGCCGUGCAGGUGGCUCACUGCCACAUGAACUUUAUGGACCGAGCUGGCUGGGACAAGCAGAUGGAUGGGUUCCGCAUUUUGCACCACGCGGCUGGAAAUGACCUGCUCUACUCUGUGAUUCACGCGCCCCCUUUAGCGGACCGGGACUUCCUGAUGUUUCACACGGUGUUCCGGCACGAGUCGGGCCGUGGACUGAUGCUCUACAGCCGCUCCGCGGACGACACCUUCUGCCCGCCCACCCGCAAAAACAUCCGCGCCAUGCAGCACCUGGCAGCGCACCAGAUCAUGCAGGACCCGGACGGCGGUGGGGUGCGUUUCACCAUCACCACGGCUGUGGACCCGCUAAUCCCCUUCCUCCCUCGCUGGAUCAUGAGUCUCAUGGUCCCCGGGGAGUUUCGGCGCUGGGUGAACGCGGUGGAGCAACGCUGCCGGGAGCUCCAGAAGGAGCAGCUGGCUCUGCCCAGUGCCGCGCUCUUUGUGGCGCUGGAGCAGCUGACCGCUCCAGUUUGCCGUCUCUUCGGCGCCUCACAGCUGGAGGCGGAGAUCAAGCCGCGCGCUGUCACCUUCAGUGAGUCGACGGAUGACCCCGGGGACAGCGACGGGGUGCUCGCCCAGGCUUCGGCAUCACCGCUAGGCAGCGAUGAGUCCAGCCCAAAAGUGGAGGAGGUUGUGGUCAGCCCAGGUUGCUCCUUUUGGGGCUGUGCAGCGGUCCAGUGAGCGCGUUUUUUCCAUUUUGCCACGUGCCUCGCCCUGGAGACGGGCUUGUUUGAUUGAUUUUUCCCGCGAGGGACCGGCCCUUGGAC